AUGGCGCAGCGAUCAGACGCGCGCUAUCUCACUGCGCUUCAACCUGUCGCGGGCAGAGGCUUGGGCGUCGUCGCCGAAGCCGACAUCCAGCGCGGCACUCGCAUCCUCGCAGAAUCGCCCUUGUUGAGCACACGCCACAGUACGCUAUGUGAGCCCCAAGCGGUCAUUGAGCAAUUCGAGGGCCUCGACAGGUCUUCGCAGGCCCUAUACUUGGAGCUCUAUUCCUAUGAGGAAAGCCCAUUCAAGCUCGCUUAUGAACAGUUGAUGGCGAAGAGUUGGCACGAGCUUCUACCGGUGCAUCAGAAGGCUUACUUGAUCUGGACGGCAAAUGCGUUCGGUGACUCGAAUGCCGUAUACCUCCACGCCUCCCGCUUCAACCAUUCUUGCAUUCCCAAUGUCGAGGUCCACUGGAACCCAGCACUUGAGAAGCAGACGUGUCACGCCAUCAGGGAUAUCAAAGCCGGAGAAGAGCUUACCAUCACGUAUAUCCCACUGUACCUCGCUCGCAUCGAACGUCAGGCCAGGCUACAUCACUGGGGUUUUCAGUGCGCCUGCGCCGCAUGCGAGGACACAGAGCUUGGCAAGGCAACAGAGGCGAAGCGCAUGCAGCUAAUCAAAUAUGCUGACGAACUUUCUAAUGGCCUCCGAGACGGUUCUGAGACGCCAUGGACCAAGUCACUGGUGCGAGCGGCCAAAUUGGCCAAGUUGCAAGUCGCAGAGGGCCUGCUUGGGGGAAGAUCGCUUCGACCAAGGUAAGACAGAGCCGCUAGGUGGCUGGCAGCUAUCCGUCUAACGUCCAGUAGCUACCAUCUCGCCACCAAAGCAUGUCUGAAAGGAGGAGGAUACCGCAUGGCUACGUAUUGGAUCCGCAAAGCGCUCGAGAUCGACUACUACUGUAUGGGAGAUGAUCAUCCCAAGUAUAGAGAGG